GUUACCGGUACAUUUGUUGCCGUUGUGUAAUCGAAUAUUGGACAUAGCGCUCGGACUAAAUCGCUGCUGAACGAACGCUACAUUGUAUCAAAUGCGAUGGGUGCUGCAUCGAGCACAGAGGGUGAAAGGGAACCUCUUCUUGUUCCUCCUGACCGCGAGACGAGCAUUCAGCCAGUUUACAGCCAAGUCUACGGGAGAAGAUGGCUGGUUCUGACUCUGUUUUCCUUGUUAGCGUUCAUGCAAGGGAUAGUAUGGAACACCUGGGGCCCAAUUCAGAACUCUGCCAUGCAUGCGUACGAUUUCACCAAAUCUGACAUCGCCGUGCUGGUUCUUUGGGGUCCAGUGGGGUUCGCGCCUUGGCUGCUAUUUAUAUGGCUAAUGGACAAAAAGGGUCUGCGGGUGUCUCUUCUACUGUCAGCCUUCUUCAUGGUGAUUGGGGCAGCGCUGCGAAGUGUCCCUGUACCAGAACAACAUCUAAGGCGAUGGUAACAACCCUCACUCCCAGAGCCAUGCUAUAUACUUUAUAUAUAGUCCAUACCAGGGGUCUCCAACCUUUUCUAGCAUGAGAGCUACUCAUUUCUUUUCAAACUCUUCUCUUUUCCUCUCACCUGCAAGUCUUCCACUGGUCCUUACUGUACACAAUAACGUUUUCUGUCAAUAUACUUGGUAAAAAUAAUGGUAAAUAAACAACUCUUAAGGAUGGCCCUAU